UGACGUGGUCACGUGGUUGUUCAUUGACGUGUUCCCAGUCAUCUGAUCUGACCUCGAUCAUCGGCUGAAGUCUCCGGAGAAGAAGAAGAAGGUGUCCAGGGCGAGUCAUGGCCAGCCAGUCCGCGGGGAUCCAGCAGCUGCUGCAGGCAGAGAAGAGGGCGGCCGAGAGGGUGGCGGAAGCCCGGAAACGGAAGAACAAACGUCUGAAACAGGCGAAGGAGGAGGCCCAGGCUGAGAUUGAGCAAUACCGGCUGCAGCGGGAGAAAGACUUCAAGGCCAAGGAGGCAGCUGCUUUGGGCUCCCAUGGAAGCUGCUCGGAAGAGGUGGAGAAGGAGACGACGGUAAAAAUGGCCGUUAUCCAAGAAAACUACACGCAGAAUCAAGAACUUGUAUUGGAGCAACUGCUGUCUCUUGUGUGCGACAUAAAACCCGAAAUCCACGUCAACUAUCGCAUCAACGGCUAGCGAGGAACCCGUGUGCGCCGAUGGCUUGUUCCCGCCCCCUUUAUUGCUGUUUUGUUAUUUAUUGCGGCCCGUGAUGAGCCGUUUUCCUGAAUCUAGCACCGCCCCGGUGUAGUCUAUGCAAUUUAUUAUUCUAGCGGAGGGGGCCCUUUGUGGGUGCCAGUUAGAUUAAUAUUUUACCAAAGCCGUACACGGAGGGUUAAGCUUUACAUGAGGUUGGGUCAAUGAAAAGGGAAGUAGCCGGUGGGAAUUGGUGGGACGAGGAGGAGGAGGGGUUGGGGAGUCGUCUUGUGUUUGUAGUUUGGAGGAAGGGGCGAGUAUUAGUCAGAAUCCCUACUACUGGUUCUUAGUUUGUUUUUUCCAUGCAUUCCUUCUAGAAAUAAAACCAUUUUUCUUUUUCCUUCA